UCUUCCGUAGCGCCCUAGGUGCAUAGAUUAUGCCUGUAGAGAUGAGCCCCGCUCUGACUCAGAAUAUUCAGAUACUGAGGAUGUGGAAGACAGUGGUGAUGAAUAUCUACUCACCCAAGAUGAUGAAGCCCAGUUCAGGCACGAUUUGAUGCUUGAUUUUCAAGAUGAAGAGAAGGUUGUCACUGGGCGAUCAAGAAGAAGAACGCUGCUUCCUUUGGACUCUGUUGCAUUACCUUCAGAAGCACCUGCAGCUAAUGAGGCAACACAAGAAAGACUUGCCCUUCUUACCUAUGCUAAACAGAAUAAAGACACUAAAGAUGUUGACUGUAAUACUGCUGCAAAUGAUAUCAGUGUUCAUGGACAUGAUAAUUCUUCAGACGUAACAGUCACCACACCUUCAGUAGUUCAUGUUUCUGAGGUGGAAAGGGAUGAGGAGGUAGAAGAUUAUAGUAACCUGAAGCACAAAAUUAAUUGGAAACAGUGUGAUCCUAAUGAGAAUAAUGAAAAAAAUAUUCCAGAGUUUAGGGGUUAUAUAUCAGGCAGAGAUAAUGCAUUACAACCAGUAGAAUAUUUCAGGCAGUUCUUUGAUAGAGAAUUACUGACACUAAUAUGUAAAGAGAGCAAUAGAUAUGCCUUGCAAUGUGACCCAAGCAAACCACUUUCUCUAACAGUAGAAGAGCUAGAGGUAUUUUUAGGCAUUUGUAUCUACAUGAGUAUCGUUAAAAUGACCAGCCAUCGUAGAUACUGGACUUCUGAUGCAAACCUUAGGGCUGUAAUAGACUACAUGUCCUGUGCUAGGUGGGAAAAAAUCAAGUCAUGUAUUCACUUCGCAGAUAAUUCACAGUGCCCUGCCAAAGGAACGCCAGAAUAUGACAAACUGUACAAAGUUAAGCCACUUUUGAACCACCUAAAUUCCAAGUACAAUAUGAUCCCUAUGGAUAAGAAUGUGUGCGUGGAUGAACAAAUGAUACCAUAUAAAGGAACAAGAGGUCCAAGAUAUUACAUCAAAGGAAAGCCCAACCCUUGGGGUUUCAAAGUAUGGACUCUUGCUGAUAACCAUGGCAUUGUACACAAUUUUGAAGUUUGUGUUGGAUCAACUCCUAAGGUCGAUGGAUUCCCUGAUUUGAAAUCCAGUGCUAAUACUGUGUGCAAAUUAGCAUCAAUUAUUCCUACCCACAAGAACCAUAGACUUUACAUGGAUAACUUGUUCUCAACAAUUCCCUUGUAUUUUGAGAUGUAUAAAAGAGGAAUACUAUGCAUGGGAACUGUUCGCACCAAUAGGCUUUCUGGAUUGAGAAUGAUACCUGAUAAAGAUUUGAAGGCAAAAGGAAAGUCUGCUUUUGUAGAAUAUGAUGGAAAAGUAGAAACUUGUCCAGAGAGUGUAAGGGUUGUUCGGUGGAAUGACAGCAACUUAUGUACCAUCAUGUCUACCAUGGGAUCUGCUCAGCCAGUCACAAAUAUACCUCGUUGGGAUAAAUCAGUAUCCACAACAGAAAAAACUCAAGUAAACUGCCCUGCUCUCAUCAAACACUACAAUGCAAACAUGGGGGGAGUAGAUAAAAUGGAUGCACUCAUUGCAUUUUAUAGAAUGUUUUUUAGAUCUAAAAAAUGGUACCACAGAAUAUUCUUUCAUUUUGCAGAUCUUAGCAUUUGUAAUGCCUGGCUGCUAUACAGAAGGGACAUCCAGGCUUUGGAUGCACGUGCAAAAUAUUUGAACCUCCAUGAUUUCAAAUUAGUAUUGUCUUCAUGUCUGAGGAUGCAAGACAAACCUUUAUCAGGAAAACGAAGAGGUCGACCAUCAAGUGCAUCAGUCGAUGAAAGACUGGUAGAAAAGAAGCAAAAAGGCCACAACACAAAACCAAUUCCACCAAAGCCAGUAAGAGAAGACCAGAUUGGACAUUUCCCAAUCAAUGUUCCUAAAAGAGGGAGAUGCAAAAACCCAUCCUGCAAAUCAUCUCCUGUAACAUGGUGCCUAAAGUGCCAAGUAUACCUUUGCAGCACCAGUGAGAAGAGAUGUUUCCUUGAGUUUCAUGGAGUUCAGUAUGAUUUGAAAGAUCUGCCACAGUAGAAAUGCACCAGAAUUUCAGUUUUCGUUUGCUUCUAUGUAUUUUGUUUUCUUUUACUUAUUUUUGAGUGCAUACAUUGAUUGAUCUGCAGGAGUGAAAAAAUAUGAAAAUCUCCAGUAAUAAAGAGAUCUGAAAUAUUUAUCUCAGAACAAAGGAAUUUAUAUUUUAUGUUAUGCAAAACAAAGAAUGUGAUGUAAUUGAGUUGAACAAUUAAUUAUUUAUUAUUAUAUAUAUUUUCAGUUUUAGGAUAACCAUUUGAAUUUAGGUUCACACCUCAUUAUAUUUUAUGUUUACUUUGAAAUAAUUUCUUAUUAAAAUCAGUAUAAAAAAAAUGUACUUCUUCCUUUAGUGUAAUACUGAAUAUUGCUACAAUGAUAAGAAAACGGAAGGUAUUGAUGUGAAAUUUUCAAAUUUGUAUUAAAUAGAUAACAAAAACAUAUUGCAAUUAUCAUUUUUCAUUCAAACAAUUUUUUUCAGUAAGAAUGCACAUUUGAUAAAUUCACUAUAUUUUUAAAAAUAUUUUAGAAAUUACAGCGGUACACGGAUAUCACCGAUAUGGGAACGUUUCAGUAAUUCCCACAAUGCCACUUUUUUUCACAAAAUAAUCAAUUGAUAUUUACAACAAAGGGAAAUGUUCUGCUAAUACAACACUGAAAUUUUUUUUUCUCUGUGAAAUCAAAAUGCAUGCGAUAAAGGGUUAAUCUAUCCUUCCUCUGCCUUUCUGAGGUUGUCUUUUUGUGUGUUAAUUCUAAACUUAAUUUUCCCUUAUUUUCUAGGACGUAACGUAUAAAUAUAUAUAAAAGCGAGUGGAUUCAUAUCAUGGGUGCCAACCCAAGCUGUGGUUCGUAUUUCUCGUUCUCUUCCCUUACCGACUUAAAUCAUUUUAACCGCUACGGGUAUUGUUUCAGCUGAGGAGAAACUGGAUUCGGUAAAUAACCAUGGCCAUGUACAAGGGGGUAUUCACAAUUUUCCCAGUUGGCUUUUAACUGGCUUCCGCGGUGUUGGUGUGCCGGCGGGUACGUUACACAGGUAACUCUGGAUUUAUGCGAGUAUUGUGUCCUUGAAGAGGUGGUGUAAAUCCAAAACAAUGUAGUAAAUCCAACAAGAGGUAGGUUUGUACCUUUAUUGCCUACUGUAUCACUCUGACUCCUCUCCCUCUCGUGGUUCCUCCUCUGGCUGCCCUUCCCCUCGUGGUAGCACAGCAGCGAGGGUGUUGUUGUUGUUGUUGUUGAGUAGCGUGGGUACUGUAUUGUUGUUCAAGUGGCGCGCGGGAAGAACUGAGCUCAGCUGUGUGAGUCCAGUUGCGUGAGACAUCUGGUGGACACUCCACAAAAUAUUGCGUAUAAGUGGAAAAAAACGUGUAAAUUAAACAUUUAUUGGGAUUUUGGACCACGCGUUAUUUAAAAAACGCGUAAACCAAACUCGCGUAAAUUGAGAGUUACCUGUAUAGUAGUUAUUUGAUCGCCCUGUAUUCUAUGGUAACAUAUUGUAAGACAGCUAUGGACUACGAAGGAUCAUAAACAAUAAUAAAAGUAAGUUUGCAGUUGUUAUUGGACAAGACGAAAAAAACAGACCCUUAAAAACACCCCAAAGAAGAAAAAAAAUAAAUAAAGAUUUGUACAUUUGGCGUAUAGUGCGCAGGGGUAAACUUUGAGGUAUUCUUAUGUGAAAAAGGUGGGCGCUAUAUGCCGCAAAAUACGGUAUGUUACUUAUUAAUCUAUAACCACAGAGCGUGUAUAAUCAGGCAAAUAAGCAAAGAUUGAAUUAUACCACGGCAGGCGCUUGCCCUUAUGUAUUCUGGGCCUACUAAAUGUCUCCGUCUCUCUGUUCCUUGUGUUCCUGGGAGGCUUCGUGGUGCAGUGGUUAGCACACUCAGCUCACAACCGAGAGACUCCGGGUUCGAUUCCCGGGCGGAGUGGAAAGAUUUGGGCGGCUUUUCCGAUACCCUACGCCCCUGUCCACCCAGCAGUGAAUGGGUACCAGGUAUUAAUCUGGGGUUGUGUCUCGUCUCCUGGGGUCUGUUGCCUUCUCCUAUAAUUCCUUCCCCUCCUGUCUCUCUCCGGCAUAUGACCACAGAUGUUGCGCCCACUAAACAAAACUUUCCAACUUUUCCCUUCUCCUAUAAUUCCUUCCCCUUCUGUCUCUCUCAGGCAUAUGACCACAGAUGUUGCGCCCACUAAACAAAACUUUCCAACUGUUCCCUUCUCCUAUAAUUCCUCCCCCUUCUGUCUCUUUCUGGCAUAUGACCACAGAUGUUGCGCUGACUAAACAAAACUUUCCAACUGUUCCCUUCUCCUAUAAUUUCUUCCCCUUCUGUCUCUCUCUGGCAUAUGACCACAGAUGU